GGCGCUUGGGAUGCCGGGACGGGCUUUCCUUUGUCUUGCCUUAGCCGGGCUACGCCAUUUCUGCUGCUCACGUCGCGGGUCUUGUCCGCCAUCUUCCCGUUUUUUAGGUGACGGGGAGGGGGGUGUGUGACAUAGAAUCUUUCCUCCCAAUGACAGCCCCGUGCUACCUGCAGGUUCUCUCCGUAGGAGAUCUCUACCACUGCCCCUCCCCCGUGUGGGAUUUUGGCAUUUUUGUGCAACCUAGAACAUGGAGGGCUGGAGGAGGAUGGGGUGUAGGGGCAGAUACACGAUACGGAGUUACCAAGGCGGAAGUGAGUGCACGUGGAGGACUGGAUUGCAUCGGAGCAGCAGGUAUAACUUGAAGCCAAGUAGCCAUCCAUCAUCAUCUUGCUGUGGUGGCUGAGGCAGGAGGAUCCUGAGUUCACAUCCAGAACUACAUACAAAACUAAACUGGCAGUUCCUUCAGACAACCAGGCUUCCCUCCAGGUGGUUUCUUCAAACAGCCUACUUCUCUUCAGCCUCUGCGACAGCAUUGCUUCUAGCCCUCUUGCUGUUCUUACCUUGAGACUGUGAGGGCCAUGGCGGAGAGAGUGCUGGUGCCCACCCAGAUAGGCCGGGGGGACCGCUACUACACCUACACGGAGCUGUUGGCUAUCUCACGGCGUUUCAAGCAAAACCCCAAUGAGCUCAUGGUCACCUGGAUCCUGAGGGUGUAUGACCAGGGAGGCCCUGCCCUGUCCCUGAAUUCUGGGGAGCUGGGGCUGCUGGGUGACCUCACCCAUGAUGCCAUCUUUAACUACCGCUGCAAGGCCCUGCGGGGGGCUGGCUGCCAGACUCUACUGAGCUGGCUGCUGCAGGCCUGGCGUCAGCGCUGGGAAUCCUCCCUGCAUUUUGAGGCCACUGAGUUACCCUUCAGGCCCUGGACCACCAUGGAGGAAGGCAUCCAGCUGGUGCGUGAGCUGGGCAUGAUUGAGUGGAUUUACCUUGACCCAGAAGGGCCUGUGGACCUGGCCCCGGAGGACGUGGCCUUCACUCAAGGCCUGCAGCGGCGCCUGCUCACAGCAGCUCCCUCUGAGCUGCGCCUUUCACUGGUCAGCCUGCUGGUGCGGGGCAUGACAGUAUUGGAGGCUGUGAUGGAGAUCCAGACUAUUGCUGAUGUGGGGCUGCUCUGGCGCCAGAGCCAUCCAGGCCGCACCAAGCUCAUGUUGGGGCCCAACCCAACUCGCAAGGACCUCCUAGGCUGGCUGCUCAGUCACGGUGUGCCCCGGGAGCAAGUAGACAGGCAGCCCACCAAGGUACUCCUAGAACUGUACAUCAAAGAAGCCAAGCGCAGCCGUGGCCACCCCAACUAUGGGCUGACCGAGGAGCAGCCCCCACCGCCCCCUUACUCCGACCAGGCCUGUGGGGAAGAGCAACCGGUGCGUCAUGACUAGUCCUGCACUGACUUCAAGAGGACACUUGAGGGUGGGAAGAGGAAUUGCAGAGAGGCUGCCUGGAACCUGGUGACUGGGAAGCACCUUGGUGAUCCCUCCGCCAUGUUCCCACCCUACAGCACUUAAAGCCCAACUCCGUGGCCCCAGGGAGGAGUGUGCAUGUUCCUAGCUAGCCACAGCCCAUGUGGAAAGGGAGCCACGGGGCCGUUUGCUGUGAAUCUAGGGUGCUUAUUUAUGGCCCUGGAAUUAGUCCCCUCGCGUUGGAGCUUAAGGCCCUGCUAAGAUGUGUAGCCACAUCAGGGUUCCCACCCCUCUGCCUCCACACGGGCCCCAAAGCACUACAUACAGGCCAUCUUGAAUUUUUUACUUUUUCAAUGCAACACUUACAUAGUAUUUUAGGUAUAGGCCCCACUUCCGUGGACUUUACUGGAUGUUUGACACUUUCGGGCUAGUCUCCCUAUUGUAAAGGCUUAACAUUGCAAACUUUUCUAAUGCAGCAUUUUUACUUUAUAUUUUAUUUUGAGCUUAUGUGACACUUUGGUUUUGGGGAGAGAACCCCCUUUUGUAAAGAUUUUUCUUUGGGGACCCUGUCCCCUUUUCCUUUUAACCAUGCCCUUCCCUUUUGAAGCACCUUCCAGCUGGGUCUCGUCUCCCUGGCUGCACAGAUGGCCCCUGGCCAGUGCAGAUCUGGAUUUAGUGGAGGUUCGAGGUGGGCAGCCCUGGAACUUCUGCCUUCGUGAGUUCCUAUUAAAUGGCUGGUUCAUUGCC